UAAUUGGUUUAACCCACGUGCUGAUCUGAACCAUAUUCUCCACCUGCUCCACCGAGGCGCGUUAUUCCGAGCAAUCACUGCUAUUGUUAGAGAGGUGAUGUAAUUCACAGUGGACUUGAAGCGGACGCGGACGGAAGAUGGUUAUGAGGAGAAAGACAGAUAUUACUGUAGUCCAGCGGCGCCUAGACUGACAGCUUUGUUUUGAUCGCGCGAGCAAAAUUCCACGAGGGCGAGCGGGAUGUAUUUGUAUCUUUUGUUUAUAUGCGUUCUAUGAAAAUCUGCAGUUGUUCGAUAAACCUCCCGGGCCGCGACUGUAAACAUACAGAAGUCAGCAGCACCGUCGCCCCUCUCCAGCCCCACCGGUUGGCUCUCCCUCGCCGCAGCUCGUGUGACCCCAUCUGGACUAGAGGGAGGGAGAGAGCGCGCGCGGCUUGCGAUGACAGCUGAGAGAUGAGCACGGCCAGAUGACCGUGUCAAACACCGACGGUCCCGGGCAAGCGUUCUUACUAACGCUGUGACACAGUCACGUACUGUUUAUUGCGGAGGAAUGGACAUUUGAUCACUUCAGAGUUCCCGUGAAUGGGCUGAUUUCGGAGUUCCAGCUUCUUCGAGCGACUCUUCAAACAUGAAUAAUACGAAGAAUCAGCGAGACAGUGACAUCCAGAAGAAGAUCGACUAUGAGAUCCGAAUGCGUGAGGGUGCGUGUAAGCUGCUGGCCGCAUGUUCUCAGAGGGACCAAGCGCUGGAGGCCUCCAAGAGUCUCCUCACCUGCAACGCCCGCAUCAUGGCCUACAUGUCAGAGCUGCAGCGCAUGAAGGAGGCACAAGUCAUGCAGCGGCUCGCAUGCAGGUCUUCUGAUGCAGGUCCAAUGGAUGACCGAUCCCCAUGUAAGGGCAAAGUAGCCAUUUCAGAUCUACGGAUACCUCUAAUGUGGAAAGACACAGAUUAUUUUAAGAAUAAAGGAGAGCUGCACCGGUGCGCUGUGUUCUGUCUGCUGCAGUUGGGUGGUGAGAUCUUUGACACAGACAUGGUGAUGGUGGACAGGACGCUGACAGACAUCUGCUUUGACAACACAAUUGUCUUUAAUGAAGCCAGUCCAGGGUUCGAGCUGCGGGUGGAGCUGUAUAGCUGUUGUUCAGAGGAGGACUACUCAGCAGGCAGCACUCCGCGGAAGCUGGCCAGCAAGCUGAGCUCAUCUCUGGGAAGGUCAGCAGGAAAGAAAAUGAGGGCGGCCUUGGAGCCCGGAGCCAGCAGCCCCACUAGCAAUGGAGGAGGAGCGGCAAUCCUGCUGCCUGUGCCCUCUGUACCGGGGCCCAAAUAUCAUCUUUUGGCUCACACAACCCUCAAUCUCUCUCACGUCCAGGACAGCUUCCGCACACAUGACCUCACAAUCACUGGAAAUGAGGAGUGUUCGUACUGGCUGCCUCUGUAUGGCGGUGUGUGUUGUCGUCUGGCCGCUCAGCCUCACUGUAUGACACAGCAGAUGAUGAGUGGCUGUCUGAGGGUAAAGCUUGGAGGUGAGCCACAAGGAUGGACAAAUGUCUAUGGUGUUUUAAAAGGAACAAAUCUCUUCUGCUAUCAUCAAAAAGAGGACAUGGAGGCCAAUGUGGAGCCUGUCUUAACGAUUGGGAUUAACAAAGAGACGAGAAUACGGGCCGCAGAGAAGGAUCCUCACAGCAAGGCACAGAAUAUCUGUAUCACUAACCAGUAUGGAGGAGAGGAGGUGAUGCACACACUAACAGCGGACAGCAGAGAGGACACACAGCGCUGGAUGGAGGCCUUCUGGCAGCAGUUCUAUGAUAUGAGCCAGUGGAGGCAGUGCUGUGACGACCUGAUGAAGAUUGAGCUGCCUUCACCACGCAAACCUGCCAUAGUCACCCCGAAGCAGGGCUCCCUGUACCAUGAGAUGGGUGAGUGCAUUCAGAUACCUUUUUUACACAUUUACAGAGGCUGGAGGAGAGUUUUAAGCUCUAGAUUGGCACAAAAUAUAGGCCAGUGGCACUGUAGAGCCAUACAUCUAGACAGAUGAUGACAGAAAUAAUGCACACGCAGGAUUUCCUGUCAUGAAUAACAGAUAUGCCUGUGAACCUAACGAUGAUGUGUGGAUUGAACUGCAUGUCCUCGUCCUCUGUCAGAUCUGAGUCUUUCUCUUUAUCAAUUUAUCUCCUUUAACUACUAAAAUGAAAAGUCUGCUGUUUCUGACAAACUGACAGUCUUUUCUCUCUUUUCUUCUCU